AGCCAUUAACCCAUACCUAUUAAUCCCGCCAAAAUAAACCCCCUAACGCCCAAGCAAACAGAAUUUUCAUUACUAAGCAAUCAAAUCAUUUGUUUUCUCGGAAAAUAAUUUCCUCUGCUUGUGUCACUGAGCUCUGUUUGGCAAACCAGAAAAUUAAAAAUGAAAGAGAAGAACAAAACAAUUAUCGAAGACGAAGCAGAAAUUUACGAAGGCGUUAGAGCUCAAUUCCCUUUCACUUUUGGCAAACAAUCCAAAUCCCAAACCCCUCUCGAACUCCUCCACAAUUCCACCCGCCGUCCCACCACCGCCUCCGCCUCCGCCGCAAACCCCGAAAACAAAUCUAAUUCCUUCCCUUCUCUCUCCUCUUCUUCUAAAUCCUGGAUUGAUUCUGUCCGCACUUCCAAAAACCCUAACCCUAAUUCUUCAAUUUCCAGCUCAAACGUCAUUAUUGGACCUCCUCGUCCCCCGCGUGCUAUUUCCGAUGAUGAUGAUGAUGAUGAUGACGAUGAUGAGGGUGAGGUUAUGGUUGGGCCUCCGCCGCCGCCUCCUCCUUCUACUUCAUCCGCCGCUGUUGAUGAUGAUAAUGACGAUGACGGUGCUAUGAUUGGGCCGCCGCGUCCGCCGCCGAAUCAAGAUUCUGAUGAGGAGGAGGAUGAAGUUGAAGAGGCGAAUCAGUUUCGGAUUCCUAUAAGUAAUGAGAUUGUGCUUAAGGGACAUACUAAGAUUAUAUCAACUAUCGCUGUUGAUCACACUGGGUCUAGAGUUCUUUCGGGUAGUUAUGACUAUACAGUGCGAAUGUAUGAUUUUCAAGGCAUGAGUUCCCGUCUCCAGUCGUUUAGACAGAUUGAACCAUCUGAAGGUCAUCAAGUUCGUAGUUUAAGUUGGAGCCCAACUGCUGACAGGUUUUUGUGCGUCACCGGUUCUGCCCAAGCUAAAAUAUAUGACCGUGAUGGACUCACAUUAGGUGAAUUUGUGAAAGGGGACAUGUACAUUCGUGAUUUGAAGAAUACUAAAGGUCAUAUUUCUGGGUUGACUUGUGGAGAGUGGCAUCCUAGGACUAAGGAGACUGUAUUAACAUCAUCAGAGGAUGGAUCGUUGCGUAUAUGGGAUGUAAAUGAUUUCAAAAGUCAAAAGCAGGUCAUUAAGCCAAAGCUUGCUAGGCCUGGAAGAAUUCCAGUUACCACAUGUGCUUGGGAUCGUGAUGGAAAAUGCAUAGCUGGUGGCAUUGGAGAUGGUUCUAUACAGAUAUGGAACCUUAAGCCAGGAUGGGGAAGCAGGCCAGAUGUGCAAGUUGAGAAAGCUCAUUCUGAAGAAAUCACUGGUCUAAAAUUUUCUAGUGAUGGACAUACGCUACUUUCGAGAAGCUUUGAUGGCUCACUGAAGGUUUGGGAUUUGCGAAAAAUGAAGGACCCUCUUCAGGCUUUUGGGGACCUUCCUAAUAAUUAUGCUCAAACAAAUGUUUCCUUCAGUCCUGAUGAGCAGCUUUUCUUGACGGGAACGUCUAUUGAACGAGACAGCACGACCGGAGGUUUGUUGUGCUUUUAUGAUCGGGUAAAACUCGAACUUGUUUCCAGAGUUGGUAUCUCCCCGACUGGUAGUGUUGUGCAGUGCGCUUGGCAUCCAAAAUUGAAUCAGAUCUUUGCAACAACUGGAGAUAAAAGUCAAGGUGGAACACACAUAUUAUACGAUCCAUCUAUUAGUGAGAAGGGAGCUCUUGUCUGUGUUGCACGCGCGCCCCGUAAAAAAUCUGUGGAUGAUUUUGAGGUGCAGCCUGUCAUUCAUAAUCCUCAUGCACUACCCUUAUUUAGAGAUCAGCCAAGCCGUAAGCGUCAGCGGGAGAAAAUGUUGAAUGAUCCUUUCAAGUCCCACAAGCCUGAACUUCCAAUGACGGGACCAGGUUUUGGCGGAAGAGUUGGUGUAAGUAAAGGAAGCUUGUUGACCCAGUAUCUACUCAAGCAAGGCGGAAUGAUUAAGGAGACAUGGAUGGACGAAGACCCAAGAGAAGCCAUAUUGAAGUUUGCUGAUGUUGCAGCAAAAGAUCCCAAGUACAUUGCUCCAGCAUAUGCACAAACGCAGCCUGAAACGAUUUUAGCAGAUUCAGAUUCAGAGGAUGAAGAGAAAUGAUGUAUUUGCGAUAAUGUGUUUAUUUGCUGCCUGCUUCCUGGUAAUGAAUCAUAUGGCGGUUUUGCAGCGGGUGACUCCACACUCCAGAUCUUUGUUGUAUAUCACGCUGAAUUAAGUUCAGGGCCAGUAGAAAGCAUUGAAAAACUGAGCUGAAGGCGUCGUCAUAGUACAUUUCGGAUAAUUUCUUUGGCUUUUCUCCAAGUUCGAAUGUCGGUGACAAAUGUUGGCAUGCAUGUCAAAAUUUUACAUGGGACGACGGUUAUAGUCAUCUAAUUUAAGUAUGUUAUUGCUACUGGCUGCUAAUUGAACUCACUAUAGGUUGUAAUUUAAAGCUGUAUAUCAUGCCAUUCUGACUGAUAGUUGCUUCGUCAUGCAUAUGAGUGCCGGUUGUUUCGUCAUGCUCUUUUUGUUAUAACUAAGCGUAUGUUUGGUUCAUAUAAUAAAACGUGCUAUUCUCUC